UGUAUAUUUAUGGUAGUGAACUGUCGUCAGCCAUCCAACCCUUAGUCAUGGCGGUAGUCAACAAAGAAAGGGAUGGACAAGGUGGACCGGGUGGUCGCGUCCGGGGAAUUUGCUAUUCUUGCGGAUCCCCAGGGCACUACCAGGCGCAAUGUCCUAAAGGAAAGAGGUCAGGGGGUGACCGUGAUCGGUGCCAACUAUGCGACGGGUCGGGGCAUAAUGCUAAGCAAUGCCGGAGAUUUCAACAUGCCCCGCGGGGUGAGAGUAUGGGCUGGGGUUAUCGGGCUGGGAAGAGACCUUUCUCAGGGCCGUGGCCUAUUUCAGCUCAUCCCACCGUGUCAUUGGCAAUGACUAUGGAGCACAAGGAUCGCCCCCUGGUCAGGGUUAUGAUGACUAACACGGGCAGCCACCCAGUGAAGCAACGCACGGUUUAUAUCACAGCGCUGCUGGAUUCUGGGGCUGAUGUUACUAUCAUCUCAGAAGAGGAUUGGCCCACUGACUGGCCAUUGAUGGAAGUUGCGAGCACACAAGUUUAUGGGAUAGGAGGGGGAAUUCCUAUGCGGAAAUCCCGAGAAAUGAUUGAAGUUGGGGUCAUAAAUCGAGACGGCUCUUUGGAGCGACCUCUGCUUAUUUUCCCAGCGGUAGCCCUGGUCAGAGGAAGUAUCCUAGGGAGAGAUUGUCUGCGCCAAACGGCGUGUUUGAUAAAAUCUCUGAAUGUGUCUCUCCCAUGGGAUCCACAAGAAUUAGAUAUCUUGGGGUCGCAGAAGGUACGGAAUGGAUCGUAUAAUGGCACACGUACCUGUAUUACCUUUGGGUCAGUGUGCUGGAAGGAUGGUGGCUUUAUUACCUGCAACUUGUUUGACGGGGUAUUCAACGGCUACGGGGGAUUGAAAGGACAACUGCAGGCCUUAAUUGCCCGGUGGGCAGGCACAGAUCCGCGGUUGAAGCCAUACAAUGAGACCUCUUGGACUGUGGUUAGUCCUGUGAACACGGAGGCUUUCUCUAUUACUUCAGGUUAUUGCGGGUAUACUAAAAAUUACACACGGGUCUUCACAGGGCGCAAUACAACCUGCUUGUCGAAGGGUGGGGUCCUUUCUAAAUCUAGCGGUAGAUCCUCAUUUAAUUGUACGGCAGUUUGGGACUUUUAUGGGUAUGGGUUCACCUUUAAGCGGGGGGUUAACGAGGUGCUAUGGAAUAACAAAACUGCUAAGGCAUUGCCCCCUGGGAUCUUCUUGAUCUGUGGGGAUAGAGCCUGGCAGGGCAUCCCGCAGAAUGCCUUAGGAGGACCCUGCUACCUAGGGGAACUGACGUUACUGUCUCCGAACUUCACGACGUGGAUGCAGUAUGGCCCGAAUAUCACGGGUCACCAUCAUCGCCGGAAGCGUUUGAGCCCUCUCCCGGAGAAUUGUAACGACGAG